AAGAUCCGCGAGACCAAGGCAUGUGCACCCUCGACAUCACGUUCGAGCAGAACGUCCAGCCAUCUGGCACGAAAUCCCUCGUGCCCCACCAGAAGCAGUCACAGACCCACACGGCGAACGCCGUCUGCUUUACGCUAGUGAGCGCGGACACCUGGCACAGGAGGCUUGGACAUCUCAAUGCUCGGAGCCUGGAUAUCCUUCGGAAGGACACGGGUACCGGGGUGGACUUUCGCGACAGUCUCUCCCCUUGCGGGGUCUGCCAGAUCGCCAAAUACAAGCAGUCCCCCCACCCGAAGCAAUCGACUCGCGAACUAUCACGGCCUGGACAGCUUGUGGUCAUCGACAACGUGGGGCCUGUUAAUCCACCUGCGAAGUAUAACGGAGGCUCCUUCCCGUACGCGUGCAAGAUCACCGACGACUACACGAAGGUGAAAGAAGUGUACCUGCUUCGCAAGAAAUCUAACACAACCGAGGCGGUGCACACGUACAACAUCUGCGUCGCAGCGGCAGGAGGCUACCGGAUCGAGACCAUCCGCUGCGACAAGGGAGGCGAGAACACCGGAUCCGAAUUUCGGGACUACUGCAAGAAUUCAGCUAUCAAGCUCGAAUACGCCGCCACCAACACCCCUCAACAAAUUGGUGUAUCGGAACGGGACGGACAAACCCUGGCCGGAGUCACCCGGUGUCUUCUGAAGGAUGGAGAUUUUCCGCCGUCCAUGUGGGGGGAGUUAAUGCUGACUGCAGCAUACCUGUUGAACAGGUCCCCACACUCAGCACUGGGAGGAGCUACGCCAUACUCGAAGUUGCACAAUAAGUCGCCUGAUCUCUCGAGACUUCGGGUCAUUGGAGCGCGCGCCUUCGUACACCAGGAGAGAUACCGAAAGAAGCUGGACGACAGAGCUUUCGAAGGCAAGCUAUGUGGUUUCGGCCUCGACAGCCAGACCUACCGGGUAUUGAAUCCAUCCAACGGGGCCGUGGUCGAGAGCCGGAAUGUGACUUUCAUCGAAUCUCCACCCCGCUCAGUGCCCUUCCAGUAUUCCACUGAAGCAAACGGGUACGAGAGCGACGUGCUGAGCUUCACCUCCCUGCUGGACAGCCCCCACUCGACGAGCGACCUGGACUUCACGGCGCAGAACGAACUCCUUCGGCAAGAUGUCCGGAAGAUGCAGCAAGACAAUCUCGCUCGGGAGAAGCUUCGCCUAGAACUGGACGGGCACGAGGACGAACAUGGAAACGGGCAAGAUCUCGGCGACGGGGACGCUCCAUCACCACAUCUCCCAUCGACGCCAGCUGGAUCGUCAUCCGAGACCCACGCAUCUAGCCCCAGUCCAUCAUCGUCGAACCCGACUGAACCGGACACUUCUGCAUCAACUGGAUCCUCCGGCAUGCGGCGCCUGCAAGUCACCAGAGCCAGCACGCGCGGGAAGCCCACCAGCGACGAUCAUAUCGACGUCAACUUGGUUCCUGCCAAUCUGGAAGUCACCAUGAACGACCGCGGUCGAGCCCAUGCUACAACGGGCCGCGUGGAGCCAUCCGGUCUUUCCUUCACUCAGCUGGCUGAGAUAGCCGAUCAAGCUCAGCUCCCAUGCCCUGGCGAUACUGCGGAUUUCCCCCACGUUGCGGAAGACCCCUUCACGGUGCCGCGUGCUCACGCCGACGUCACGACCACUCACGAACACCAAGGGAUCGUGGAGGAGACGAAUCAAGCGAUUAAAAUCCCCAACACCUACGACGAAGCCAUGAGCUCUCCCCAGCGCGAAGAAUGGAAAGGAGCGUGCAGCAAGGAAAUGGACAAUCUGCGGAAACACAACGUCUACAAUCUGGUGCCCCUCAGCAGUGUUCCCAAGGGAGAGAAGAUCCUCGGAACGAAAUUCGUCUUCAAGAAAAAGCUGGACGGACGCUUCAAAGCUCGCCUGGUAGUCGGAGGACAUCGUCAAGAGCCAGGACAGGACUACGGACGCAGCUACGCACCAGUAUGCCGUAUCGGGAGCAUUCGCAUGACGUGCGCCAUUGGCUGCCGCAACAACUGGCCCAUCUACCAACUGGACGUUAUCGGUGCCUUCUUGAGCGCCCUCUGUGACAGAGAUGUGUACGUCAGACCCGCCCCCGGUACAUCCGCCAAGAACUCCGCGACGGGAGAACCCAUGGUGUACAAACUAGAACGGAGCCUCUACGGCCUAUCGCAGUCGCCUGCGCUCUGGAACGACACCCUGGACGAAUCCCUCACGGUGUUCGGAUGGAAAAGGACUCAAUCCGACCCCUGCGUGUACGUGUAUACCAGCGGCAACAUCAUCGUGAUUCUUACGGUCUACGUAGACGACAUUCUCAUCACAGGAGGAGACCAGCAGCUCGUAAAGCGGAUCCUCGGGAUCGACGUGCAGCGGGACUACGAGCAAGGAACCCUGGCCAUUUCACAGGAGCACUACGUGAACACACUUCUGGAGCGGUUCGGAAUGCAAGAGGCCAACCCAGUGAACAUGCCAGCAGCCAAGCACGUUCUGCGAUACCUUCGGGGUAAUCCGGUUCUUCCUAUAGACACCCUGGACGAAUCCCUCACGGUGUUCGGAUGGAAAAGGACUCAAUCCGCCCCCUGCGUGUACGUGUAUACCAGCGGCAAAAUCAUCGUGAUUCUUACGGUCUACGUAGACGACAUUCUCAUCACAGGAGGAGACCAGCAGCUCGUAAAGCGGAUCCUCGGGAUCGACGUGCAGCGGGACUACGAGCAAGGAACCCUGGCCAUUUCACAGGAGCACUACGUGAACACACUUCUGGAGCGGUUCGGAAUGCAAGAGGCCAACCCAGUGAGCACUCCUGGAUACGGAGCGGAAAUCUCCACGAAUCAACCUCAGGACCAAAUCCUAGGACCCACGGACAAGAAAAUCUACCAGUCGAUGACAGGAAGCAUCCUCUACCUGGCCCAGUGCACGCGAUUCGACCUCUCCUACGCUGCCCUACAACUUUCCAAGGCCUGCAGCAACCCAGCGCAGGUGAACAUGACAGCAGCCAAGCACGUUCUGCUAUACCUUCGGGGUAAUCCGGUUCUUCCUAUCGUCUACAAGAGAGGACAGUUUCGGCCAGCGGCGUUUACGGAUUCAUCCUUCGGAGCAAACCCCGACAACGAAAGAUCUACCACGGGAUAUCUCUUCUUCCUAGCUGGAGGACUCAUCAGCUACGGUGCGAAGACUCAAACCCUAACCGCGCACUGA